AGCUAUCGCAACGCUUAGGCGGCUGCCGCCUUGCCGCACUGCAUCUUUGUUGUGCCGAGGCAUAAAUGGACUACGAAUGGGGUAUAGGUCUUCGUGAUUGCUGCUAAUAAAAAUUGAUGCAAGCGGUAUGUCGGACAUCGGCAUCUCAGCAGAGCAUCUGCAGCCGCAGAAAGAAGGCGAAAGUGGUCUUCCAAUUCUGCUGCAACAGCAGCAGCACGUGAGUGCGAGUGGACCCCGUCUCCAGCCGGUGCGUGUCUGUCUGCCGGUGCAUCAGUCGUAGGCGCGCGUGUCUCGCAGAGAGAUGCAGCAUCAACAGCAGCAGGGACGACGUCGGUGCACCAGCUCCUGGACGUCGGCAUCGGUGAAGGCGUCCAGCCUGUCGUCCUCGACGUCACUUUGGUGGUUGGUGGUGGUGGUGUUGGUGGUUGUGACGACUGCUGAGGGGAGGGUGAGGGGGUACGACCCGGCUGAGGAUGCAGGAGGAAGAGGACACCACGCACACGGGCCUGCGCAUAUCAAGCAUCAUCCAGGGUGA